AUGGCGAACGCAUCGACAAAACGUAUCGCCGCGGCCAACGAGAAGCUUCUCAAGGCUCUGCCCAAGAACUUCUACAUGAUCAAUAUCCUCGCCAUCCUCGUCCGCAUCAUGAAGUGGAAGGUGUACCACCGCCAGCUGCUGCCUGGCGGUUUCGUGGGCUUCCUCCACGGACUGGGGUUCAUCGCAUCGAUCUUCAUCUGGCGCUGGUUCGUCGAGAUCGGCACACCAACGCGCAAUGCUAAGGGUGACCUCCGCGUACCCGAGGACUUGGGAUCCAGCGGCGUGAUCGAGAUGGCCUGGGAUGUCAUCUAUAUCACGUGGAUCUGCACACUCGGCGGCGCGCUCCUCGGAAACUGGGUGUGGUGGUUGUCCGCCCUGAUUCCCUGCUUUGCAGGGUGGAAGCUCUUCGGUGUCGCCAGGCCCUUCCUCGGUAUGUUCCUGCCCGGCCUCUUCGGGCCCAAGGCGCCCAAGGAGGAGGCGCCUGCCGCUGCUGCCAGCGGCGCGCAGCCAGGCGAGUCGCGCAAGCAGGCCAAGCUGCGCGCGCGGGCAGACAAGGGUGACCGGCGGGUGCAGUCGGUACGGCGCUAA